GAGGAGGAGGGAGGACCCGCUGACUGUGCUGCGUGCGCAGCUUCAGUCUGGAGUCGCAGCGACGGACCGCAAUGAAGAGAUAAAUAGAAGCCUUAUCUAUUUAUUUGAAAGUAUUACGGGUCUCAUUCAUUGAUGGUUGACAGAGGGCAGCUGGCUUGGAAAGCUGCUAAUGCGCUCCUCUGCUUGAUAGGGCUGCCUAGAGGAAUAAUGGAUGAAACCUGUCACUAGCACUUGAUGAAGAUUUCGACUGACUCUUCAAACUGAACUAUGGAGGGUAGUGAUGAUGUGUCUGUAACCAUGACACAGUCCCAGACUGAUGUGUGCAGCGCUGAGGUGGGAGGAGGAGAAAUCCCCAGUAAAGUGGAGGAGGGAGUAAAUCCACUCACUCCUGAUUCCUGUGGCGGCAGCGCGACAGGACUGAGCAAAGGAGCGCUCGCUAACCUGGUGGAGCCUCCUGCACCGUCAAUGGUGAGUCCCACUGCUGACUCUCCAGGAGGUGUGGCGCUUAAAGUCGCCACAACUGUACUACACCCAGUGUGCCUGGGAGAGAGCCCACUGAUGCUGCCCAUUCACCUCCAGAUGGCUGGAGCAGCCGGGCCUCAGCUCGGCCAAAUGGGGGCAGCACCGUACUUGUUAACAAGCCAAAGCCCAGUUUCACUUCCCCUGGUCUUGGAUCAGCAGGUCAUCCAGCACAUGAGUCCCUCUGUGAUUCCUCAGACCGCUAACUGCCCUCAGCUGCCGCUCCAGAACAACAUCCUGUGUCAGAAUCCUUUGACGUUUGGUUUACCUCCAGCUGUCGACCAGAAGUCAGCAGGGCAAACGCAGGAUGCUAACCUGCUCUCUCUCCUGCAGAAUCCAGCUUUUGCAGCCAUCUUGCAGGAUCUCUUCCCUUCCCAGGCAGGUUCAUCAACCUGUCAGUCACCAGGCUCUACUUUCUUCCCACUUCCUCCCCUCACACCUCCCUACACCUCCCCUCUGGCCCCAUUAGUCCCUCCUGCCACACUUCUAGUUCCCUACCCUGUCAUCAUCCCCCUGCCUGUGCCUCUGCCCGUCCCUCUUCCCAUUCCCAUUCCUGUCCCUCAGACUGAGGACUCAAAGGGGAACAUGCCAAAACCAGUUUGCACUGUGAGUAAAAGCACUCAGACUUCUCCAAAAGAUACUACCUCUCCUUCGUUGUCUUCAAGCAGAUGCAUGCCAUCAUUCCAGCCACAAAAUGUGUCCCCAUCUUCGCUUCCUCCAGAUGAAGGACAGGCUCUGGACCUUUCUGUCAGAGCAUGUCCAGUAGAACUAAAACAGGAAUACCCCAGUCCGCAGCAGGACAGUGUGCUCGACUUGUCUGUGCCUGGUGUGAGGAAAAAGUGCGUUCAGUCAGACAGAGAAGUAGCUUUCCAUUCUGGUCAAGAUACUAGUGGUACGUCUUUGUCUCUGGGUGUUGAGUGCACUCAGAGUUUAGAUUCCAAACUCCUGGGCAGUCUGGCUUCACUGGAGUUCAGCCGGCAGCAUAAGUGGGUGGUUGACAGCAGUGCUGGUGGGUCUAGUUCUCUGAGUCAGGAGGCGUCUCUCAGCAGAGCCGGAAACCUUGAGAUAGUCAGCACCUCGCAGACGGCUAAGGUCAUUGUCUCGGUGAAGGACGCCAUCCCUGCCAUCCUCUGCGGAAAGAUAAAAGGCCUGUCAGGAGUCUCCACCAAGAACUUUUCCAUCAAACGGGACGGCAGCCAGGGGGCAUCUCUGCAGCAGCUCUACGGAGUGCCGUCGGCGUCCCAGGGGGAGCAGCACGACCCCAACAACCCGCUUAAAAAGGUCCCUAAGAACAGAGCUAUCAAACUGAAGAAGGUCAGCUCACAAGAGAUCCAUUUCCUUCCCAUGAAGAAGCAGAGACUUGCAGCGCUGCUCCCCAGGAAGUGAAAGUGCUCGGCGGAGGGGGAUUAAUUGCUGGACCACUCUCUGGUAAUCCCUCCAGAGCGUGUAACAUAAAACACAUGUGGGGACAUUCUGUAAUCAAACUCAUACACUUAGAUGUCCAAUCAAAGCUCAGAGUUUGGCUCCAAAUGUUGCGUAAACUGAGGCACAUGAAUGUCUGACAGUGUGGCACAGUAGUUAUAGAAAUGGUUUCCAUUGGACUUUUCUUAACCGCUGUGAUUUUUCUUAAUGCACUAGUCUACAGUGUUAUACUAAACCAGAAAUGUUUUUGUGUAUGGCAGCUUAAGGGGCGCUCCAUGUGGCUUUGGAGAUUGUCUUUAUGAAUCGGAGAUGUUGAAGAACAUUUUUUUAUUUCAUAAUUACAGCAAAGACACAUGGGUUCCAUUUUUCCAUUUUGGAUCAUGGUUUGUUUCCACAUGUAAUUUUUAUUUAAGUGCACUGAAGACCUAAAAAUCCUGAAAGCUGAGGUUCUCACUGUUCAGAGCAGAGCAGUAUGUACUGGCAGGACGUGACUGAGACUGUUAAAACAUGUCCCAUUGUCGGAAAUUCCCAUAGUCAUCAGUAACUCGUUGGAGCGAUUCAUUCUCUUCUGAUUGGUAGGGGUUUAGCAUGACAGGCUAAUAAUGACUUGGCAAGACCAGAGCCACAAUUUCAUUAAAAUUAAUGUUGGCAACCGCCGUCGGUCACGACUAAAUACAUUCUUAUUUUGUUUUACCAGCAGGGAAAUAAGGGAUGUCUUAAUUGUUUUCACAUUUAAUCUGAACUUUCUACGGGCCUGUCCAAAUAUAAGGAAAGUGUUUCUGGAGAAGAACUAUUUUUGUUGCUGGCUGAAUUCAGAAUACAAGCCAAAGCUGAUAAAACACCUCACAGCAAGUGUAUAAAACACCAGAAGCCCCUGCUGUUUCCUUUAACAGACUAAUGAAGUGAAUCUGGGUGGAAAUUUUGAUAUGGAUUUCAAAUGUUACAUCAGUUUAAGAUGUGAAGGGGAGAUAAAGUUGAAGGGAACAGCCAGAUUAAAGGAGAAAUAAUGACCAUUUUCUUGGCUUCAGUGAGAGAAAAUACUGUUCGUAUAUUUAUUAAGUGUGUUAUUAGUCUGUUAUUAGAAUCAGUAUUGGUAAGACUCCAGCGCCCCCUCUUUAUCAAACUUGUCAGUGUAAAGCAUUAGUUAAAGGGGAUUGGUGUCAUUCUUCUUGUUUUGUGGAGCAUGGUAUUUUUUCUGUCCCAUGAUUAUGAUCAGAGUUGUGAAUGUGAGAGUAUUGUUGUGUCAGAUUAUUUAUCCUAUUGAGUGCACUUUGUCAUAGUUUAGUUGAGAGCGUUACAGGGUGUCCUACCUAUUCUACUAAAGCUGUGUUGCCCCUUUGUGAUUACAGCAUUUAUAAAAUCUGUGAAUUAUAGGCCAAGAACUAAUAGUCAUAUGCAGACUGUCUGGAUGGGAAAUACCUACAAACUCUACUUUUUAUCAGUUCUUUAUUUAUAUUGAUGGACUUUAGCAAUCCCAGUACGUCUUACUUUAACUCAUGUCUGCAGUCCAUUCAACAGCGAGCUCUUUGGAUUGGUAGUUUGAACGGAUCACUUUGGUUGUGCAGGAUUUAACCCUAAUUUAUUCUUUCUACAACUUUUAUUUAUACAAUCGGGAUAUAUAUACUUGAUGGUCAGUUAGGAGACAAAGUGCGACUGGAUAUAAAAAGACAGCUUCCUUUGUAACUGUCAGUCUCCUGAAGCCCAUUUUGCUUCGGAAAACUUAUUUUAAUGAAGAUGUCAGUGAAGAAACACCAGUUUAAAUGUGCUGACAGUUAAAUGUUUGCUUACUGUACAAUAUGUGUGCUUUUUAUAUGGGAGUGAACUAAAAUCUCCAAGGUCUGAAUUUGUGUCUUUGCCUUUUCCUUGACAACGGUCCAUUUUUAUCUGAAAUGUGUGAGUUUUCUUUUCUUUCUUUCUUUUUUUGAUGAAACUGGUUUGAGAUGUCAGAAUUUACUCAUUAAAGGAAUCUGAAAAAGGCAUUCAGAUAAGAAUUCAACAUAAAAAAGACAAAAAUGUUU